AUGAAUGAAUGAAUGAAUGAUUACUAUCUAUGAAAAGAAAAAAAACACAUGUUCAUGCAUUGUUCAUGACCUUUGUCUAAACUGAGAAAGAAACAGAGAAAACACCAUCAACAUUCAUUUCAUCUUUUCUCAUACAUUACAUUACCUAAUAAUAUACCACAUCUUUUUGCUUUUUCCUAACUACCUACCUAACAUAACUUACCCUUUAUUACCAUUUCAUCAUAUCAUAUGAUUCAUAUGCAUUAAUAUGAACGUAUCCCUACCACAUUAUUAAUACUCACUUACCUGUAUAUAUAUUGCAUAUUCUGGUAUGCAUAAUGCAUGGUCCAUUGGUCCCACUAGAUUAAAAGCUUUGACCCCUUCCUAGUUGUAGACACACACACGUAUCCUUCCAUUUCCAUACCCUUUAUUUAUUUUUGACUAAAUAGUACUAGUGUGCUUAUUUAAUUAUUUUAAUAAUAUCAAACUAUAAUAAUAUUAUGAAUAGUUUGAUUUUGGUAUUUCCAAUAUUGAUCAUUGUAUCCUCCUCCACAUCAUGUGACUGUAUCUCUUCUUUCAACACUUUAUUAGAUCUGCCUUCUUGGUUUGCUGCAACUUUCUUUCUUUUAAUAUUUAUUACUUCUUGACUUCUUGUAAAUCACUCCUCAGCUGCUCUUUUCAAAGUUCAAACCUUCAUUCAUUUAUGUGUCCUCUCUCUGUCCAAGUUCUGUUCACAAGUGGCUGAAUUUUUUUGAAAUUUAUGGUGUGAGCAGAAACCUUUUGAGGCCAAUUAAGUAGCUGACAAGUGACAGAGACACAAAGAUGGAGAACAGGAAAAAUAUUGUGCAGUAUAGGAAAAGGUUGGAUAAGACUCUUACCUCAUUUGAUCUUACAAAUGAUCAGAAACUUAAAUCGCUUGUCGAAAGUCAAUUCUGUCGUUCUUCGCAAUCAAAGAUGGAAUUGGAAGGAUACGAGGAGAAACUAGAAAUUAAGACUGCUGAGUUAUCAAACUGUCUUGAUAUGAUGAGAAGUGUUUCUGCAGAUGAAAACGGAGGAUCUAGUACAUCGCACGCCGAUUGGAAAUUAAAACAAGAUAAUGAGGAGUUUCGUGUUAUGUAUCGCGAAGGACCAGAGGGAACUCCCUAUCAUACAAUGAUGAUUGAAGGCUAUGUAGAUGCACCUGUUGAUGUUUCUUUAUGCCUCACAUGGGAGUCACCCCUUUAUGAGAAAUGGUGGCCUCAGUUUACUGUUCCAACUUUCAAAGUUACCGCGUCUGAUUGUUUGCAGAAGGUCCAAACUGGAGAACAGAUAGCACUAGUAAGGAUGAAGCCUCCAUGGCCACUGUCUACAAGGGAAGCUAUAGUGCAUUAUUAUGUGUUUGAGUACUUUCAAGAUGACUUGAUAGUUGUUCUUUUGAAAACGGUCACUGAGUUAGAGAAAAUUAAUGAGACUAUCGAUGGUUUAAAAAAUGAUGUGAUUCCUGAAGCAAAGGGUGCUGUGAGAAUUGAUGUGUUGGGAGGUAUUGUUAUGCAAAAGGUGACAUCUGAAAGAAGUUAUAUCCGGGCAAUAGCGAAUUUGGAUAUAAAGAUUGAUUUUAUGCCUCCAUCGCUUAUAAAUUUCAUUGCAAGGCAAAUCAUUGGCAGUGGUUUCAGACUUUUUCAGAAGGCUGUGGCUUCUAAGAUGAACGGCAACAAAGAAUUCAGCAAGGCCUUGACAGAUUUGUUGUAUGUUAGAAUUCGCGAAGCUCUAUACAGUACCUAUGAAUCAAAUGCUAUGGAUGAGAAAGAGCUUAAGCAAGUUGCAAGCAUUCUUCCUGCUGAAGAACAAGAUCGGGCGAUCGAUAUGUCUCGGGAGGACAAAAGCAACCAAAAUGCAAAUAAUGAUGCAAGCAGUGAAGAUGUUGUAAAAAGUAAGGAGGAUGUAACCAUAGUGCAUGACAUUCCAAUUGAGGAAGGUGAUACAUCUAUUGCACUAAAGGGAAAUAUGAAUUGUGAGAUUGUCGAUGCGGAUAGUGAAGAGAUUGUAGAGGAAAAUAUUGAAGAGAUGGUAGAAAUUGAAAAGGAUGUAAAGAAAGUAAAUGGCAUUUCAGAUGAGGAAGGUGAUACAUCUAUUGUAGUAAAGGGUAAUAAGAAUUAUGAGAUUGUCGACGCAAAUAGUGAAGAGAUUGUAGAAGCAAAUAUUGAAGACAUUGUACAAAUUGAAAAAGAUGUCAAUAAAGAAAAUGGAAUUUCAAUUGAGCAUGAUGAUACAAAAAAUGUACUGAAGAGAAAGAGUAGUGUAAAUAUCAGCUCAAAUGUAAGGCAGGCUUUAGAAACAUUAGAAAGGGCUAUUUCAUCGGUUAGGAAAUAUGGAUUUCAUUCGCGCAGAUUCUCUUUUAGCUUUGCUAAUGAAGCGACCAUCAGCAAAGAAAAAGGUGGUGAAUUUGAUCCACAUUCUGCAAAACUUUUUCAACCACCUGUGAAAAAUGAUGUCAGUGUCGAAGAACCAAGCAACAAUAUACCACGGGAAAAUUCAGACGACCUCUAUGAAAUUCAAAACUUCAGGCAUACAGAAACAGAUCCUAAUAUAAAGGAAGUCAAUUUUAAGAAAGUAGUACCGGCUUUCCCAAAUCAGAAUCUCAUUGAAGUAAGCCAGGUUGAUUCAUAUACAAGACAAGAUUUGUCUUCAGAUGAACCAAUAAAAUCAAGCAGGCAGAAAAAAAUAAACAACCUUAUUACUCAAGGUAUCUCUUCAAAUGUACCAAAACAGUUAAGCAAGAAGAAAAAUUAUAGAUACUGUUGUUUUAUGCAUUAGCUGAAGAAAAUUAGGUAAUUACAAGUAUUUUGCAAACUUGCAACCCAAGGAAGCCCAAAUUAGUACAUAUUUGAUAUAUCCUAAGAGUGGAUCACUGAUAUAAUGGACAUAUAUGUUGGACUAGUGUUGUCCCUUAUUUGGGGUUUUCCUGAGCUUUCCAUGCAUUAAUUUCUGGGGGGGUUGUGGGCGGCAGUAGAUGAGACACUGAGAUAAGAGCCUUUACAGAGAAAUCAGAAAAAACAUCCCUUCUAUCAUAUUUUGUUAUUUUCUUUAAAAAAUAUAGUAAUUUUUUGUUGUUUUAUCUUACCUAA